CUUUCGAUGUCGUCUAUUUAAUAAAAAAGUAUUUUUCAUUGCAGUAUAAUAUUUGAAUAAUGUGGAAAUUUACUGUUUUUUUGCUUUUUGUUGCUCCACUUCGAGAACAAGUGUCAGGACAAGACAUUGUGUGGAAUCGUUUUCCAACUAUUCCAGAAAUUGGUUUUCCGGUGGAUUGCGUGAAACGGUGGGGCGAAUGCAUUGUAUAUGAUGGCGGGUCUUACAGAGUAGAAGAAGUCGUAGUCGAUAGUGUUGCCGGUGGUGAAUGCAAUCUUAAUUACGAAUUUGAUUGUGACAGCGCGGGACCGGCUCCAGUUGAUUGUGUAACAAGUUGGGGACCUUGUCAAAAUGGUAUUCGACGAGAAUUUGUUACGACUGCGGCACAAAAUGGAGGAAAAUGUGUUACGCGAACCGAAACUUGUGCUACUGUCCCACCCCCUCCUGUGGACUGUACAAAGGCCUGGGGUCAGUGUCGAAACGGUUUCCGGCUUGAGAUUGUUGUUAGACCAGCGAAGAAUGGAGGAACUUGUUUCUUAGAUCGCGAAGAGUGUGGAAUUGAUUGUGUCAAAGAAUGGGGACGAUGUAUCAAUGGUUUUCGACGCGAACAAAUCAUAACGCCAGCACGAAACGGAGGAGAAUGCCCCCGAACACGACUUGAAAGAUGCGCCGUUGAUUGUCAAAAGAGAUGGGACACCUGUGUGGGAGAAGGGCCAUCCUCGGCCAGGCGGGAGGUUGUUGUUGUUCCAGCGAGAAAUGGCGGGAAAUGCAUUCUCAAUGAGGAAUUCGGCUGUCGGCCCUUUAGUCGCGUGAAUUGCGUGAAAGAAUGGGGAAAAUGUAAAGGAAAUGGCCCAUCAUCAGUCAGAGUAGAAAUCGUUGUUACUCCAGCUAAGCAUGGAGGAACUUGCGAAUUGAGAGAAGAAUAUGGCUGUCGGCCAUUUAGUCGCGUAAACUGCGUGAAAAAAUGGGGAAAAUGUGAGGGAAAUGGCCCAUCAUCAGUCAGAGUAGAAAUCGCUGUUACUCCAGCUAAGCAUGGAGGAAAUUGCGAAUUAAGAGAAGAAUAUGGUUGUCGUUUCGACCCGGUUGAUUGCGUGAAAAAGUGGGGAAGAUGUUCUGGAUCUGGAUCUACUUCCAAACGCGUCGAAGAGAUCGUUUCGGGAGCUCUCUAUGGCGGAAAAACAUGUAAACCACUCAAAACUGAAUUCGGCUGUCGAAGGGCUCCGGUUGAUUGUGUUAAAACGUGGAGUCAGUGUACUGGUAAAGGUGAAACUUCCCAAAGAAAAGAAAUAGUUAAAACAUCCGCUAGAAACGGUGGAAAACCAUGUAAAGAUUUCAAAGUAGAAAUGGGAUGUGAUAAAUCUAAACCUCCCGUCGAUGAUGAAAACGGAGACGAUACUCCCGGUAAAGAGUUGGCAACCCUUUUCCUGGCUAAUUUAGUCUCCGAGCCAUCAACGUCUGGAAAAUCUACUAAACCAGUAGGUACAGGGGCGAGGUCGCUAAACUUAGAUCGCGGGCCGCCGCCGUCUCCCGCGGACUUGGGAGAAACGGAUUUAAAGAAAAACUGCACCGAGAAAAAGACCAAAGACGGAAAAGUUAUUGCGCUUGGAUGUGACAACGUUGACAACAUCGAUCCUGAAAUUAAGAAAGAAGUGGAAAUUAAAGCGUUCAAAAGCAUCCGAAAGGGAGAAAAACAACCUCCUUCCAUUAGUCGACGAAAACGAUCAGAAAGAGGUGCAAAUCCGGUCUCAAAAGUUAAUACAAGAGACAUCCUAAUAUACCUUGAUUCUAGUGGAAGCGUUGGACCUUAUCGUUUCGAAACUCUCAAAGAAGUUUGCAAAGCGAUCGUCGAUGUAUUAUGCGGAAGAAUAGCACUUGGGAAAUAUCAGACGAGAAUUGCUUUGGCAACAUUUAACGCUAGACAGUUACUCAAGUUUCCUUUUACUAAAACCGACAGCGUAAAAGAAGUAAAAAACAAAAUCCAAACUGUUGGGUACGAUUACGUAUACUCUUACCAAUCCUGCAUCAGGGAUGCCCUGGAAUUUGUACUGACAGAUAUAUAUACAGCUGAAAACGGUGCAAGAGAUCCUUCUUACGCCGAAGGAGAUAUGAUCAUGAUAACAGAUGGGUGUGCAAACUGCGAUUUCGACAAUGAUGGUAAAGGAUUACAACGUGCCGCCUACAGAUUGAAAUUGAAUAAAAUCAACGUUUAUGCCAUUGGUGUUGGUAUUGAGGAGAACUGCAGAAAAGUAUUGCAGGUAUUAGCCCGUGGAGGUCGAUGCUUUCAUUUCUUCUUUUUGGACAACUGGGAUAUCGAUGUAGAACAAUUUCUGUACCGAUUAAAACGGCCACCGCAGGAUCGUUGCUUAGACAAAUGGGAAUAUCCCGGAGUUAAUUGUCUAAAAAAGCCAUAAAAAGUAUAUUUUAAAUUGUCAGUCCCACAUUUAUCACAUCAUGUCCGAUUCUCGUUUAUUGACCUCUGCAUUUCAAAGACUAAUAUUAAAAGGACAUUUGAUUCACACCCAUAAUUAUAACCCCAGUGUAUGGUUUAUGGAGUAAAAGUUUCUAACUUUAUCAUUUUAUAAAGUAUAUACAGAAUACAUUCAAUUUCAUUCAGCGAUAUUAUUUGGUUUGUAUCAGAUAAAUGGUCUAUAAUAUUUAAGAAAGUUGAAAUGUCAUAAACAUUAUAUAUUAUAUAUAUAUAUAGCUGUAUAUGAAUAAAUUUGUGAACGUUGCAUAUCAAAAA